UUCCUGGGCCUGCUCGGUGCUCGACCGUCCGCCCUGCGUUGCCGCUGCUCUCCGCUGUUGCUCCGGCCGUCAUGUCGACCGCAAUGAACUUCGGGACCAAAAGCUUCCAGCCGCGGCCACCAGACAAAGGAAGCUUCCCGCUGGACCACUUCGGUGAAUGUAAAAGCUUUAAAGAAAAAUUCAUGAAGUGUCUCCGUGACAAGAAUUUUGAAAAUGCUUUGUGCAGAAAUGAAUCUAAAGAGUAUUUGAUGUGCAGGAUGCAAAGGCAGCUGAUGGCGCCGGAACCACUGGAAAAGCUGGGCUUUAGAGAUGUGAUGGAUGAGAAGCCGGAGGCCAAGGACAAAUGUUGAGAGGAGAGCUACAGACCCACGUCCCCAGCUGCCUGGAGCAGAGCCCUUCUGUCCACAGGGCCCGGGGACCUGAGACUCACCUCUGCUGCCCAGUGGAGGGCGUCCCCAAGUGGACUUUAGAGCAUGGCCCAGCCCUGCAGCACACCCCAAAACGUCUCCUCAGCUGUCCUUGGUUUCCCUCCAGACAGUGGUUUUAUUCUUCCGUUGUGUAUGUCACAGGAUUCUCUCAGGGGCCAACAGCGAUGUGCUAAGAUGUCCUGCCCUGUGUGGCCGUCACACCACAGAGCCCUGGACAGCUCUCCACACUGAGUCUUCCGACCAGAACCUGUCGGUGAAACCGUGCGACCACAGAACGUCUGCUUUCGUGCUCACAGACGCACACCGGCGUGCUUCCCUUUGUCUGUGUUCUUUUUGAACAAAACUGGAAUACAAAGCAGGAAGUGAGAAACUC